GGUUUGCCAGAAAAAUCACAGCCCUAAAUUCAAAAUGAAUUCCAGAAGGGCAAAAUUUUACCGUUGAAUUAAAAUCCCAAAAUACAACAACUCUUGGGAUCGGAUGAUUAGUUGAGGUUGAGAUGAGGCUGCUCACAUCAACAUUCCGAUCUGUGAAACACCCAAUUCCAAUCCCAAUCCCAGACCCUAAACCCAAUAUCGUAAAACCAUCGUUGCCGUCAGAAUCGAGUGCCGUUGCAAAAUCAAAAUCAGAACUAAAAGCCUGGUGCGUUUACCUAAUUCUUUCCACCAAUUCCCCCAUUAAAACCUACGUUGGUGUCACCAACAAUUUCUCUCGCCGUUUGAAGCAACAUAAUGGUGAACUUAGCGGUGGCGCAAAAGCAUCUCGUGCUGGAAGGCCAUGGGUCUGCGCCUGUGUAGUUCGGGGUUUCCAUGACCAAAGUGAAGCUUGUGAGUUUGAAUUCAAAUGGAAAAUGGCCUCAAGAAAACUGCCUCGCAAAAAGAAGAAUAAGGAAGCUGAUGAUUGCUCCCUAACGUUAUUACAACACAGGCAAACAGCUUUGAAUAAGGUUAAAGGUAUGUUGGAUUGCAGUCACUUAGAAGUUGAAUGGCAAAUGAGUACUUCCUAAUUCAUAAUACCUCCAAUUCUUGAUAAUUUUCAUUGUCUUCAAAAUGUUGUACGAAGAGGUGUUCAUCAAAAGAUAGAAAAUCAUUGAAUAUGUAAUACUAAUUGUUAUAAAUGCUACAACCAUUUGUAAUAAGUGGCCAAAGGGAACGCCUUAAAUCAUUAUUGAUGAUGAUUUGAAUA